UUGCAGUAGAGGAUAGUAACGUUAAAUCAACCUAGAUGAUCCAACUGAUUUGAGUUCAUAGUAACGUAAUUCAACGAACAGUUGGCCGUAUUAUAUUAACUUGACAUGCACUGCUAUGACAACGCUGUCGUUUAACCGUAGCCACGUUAAAAUAAGAGCUGUCGAUAUAACGUUUAUUCAAAUAUGUAACAUACAAAUUAUCUUAAAUAACACAGUUUUGCCCCGUCCGAUGAACCAAUCAGCCUACCAAAAGCUACUUAAGUUAAUAGCUAGAGUAAGCUAAUGAAGCUAACGUUAACUAAUAAAAUAGACGUUUAUCUGUUUUCUCGUCAACCGAGUGGUUACCAUACACACAGUAACUACAAACACCCCAACAUAUUUCCUUUUCAAGUAGGGUUUUCAAUGUAAUUGUAAAACAUAAACAUAUUAAAUAUACUGACAGUUACACUUCUUCGUUGUUUAUUUCGUUGUUUUAAACUUGUUUUUCUUUUUCUUACCAAAGUAGCAGCGUGGCUCACUGACAGACAGGGACACAAGCGGAACCCUUUCUCGCUGGCUGUUGAUGCGCCCGGUGCUUUUACUCUGCUGUACUCGAGACGGACCCACGGCAGAAACAAAUCCCGCUGUCACGGAUUCUUAACCAAAAACGGAAUUUCAGAAAAAAAUGGUCCUCAAAUACUAAAGAAAUAUACUUAGGAAAGCUCCUCUCCGUUUCGUCUUUAACGUCUUUCAUUCGGAUCUACCGCGCGCGUCGUCCCUGGCGGUACGCUGAGGUUAUAAACAACAAUAACAAUGGCUUCUGGGUCGCCGUCGUCCUCUCCGGACACUGCGACGGGAUCAGGUACAGACCCGGCCCGGCCCGACACAGGAGAGCCUCUCGGUGGAGCAGGCUCGGACUCUGACUCAGACCUGGGCUUGGGUAAAUUUGACUGCAGCGCCAUGGAAAGGGGGGACCAAAUGGAGGGAGAGGAGCUGGAGCGGGAGUUUCAGUCUUCAGCUGCCCGGGUACGAGAUCUGGUUCAGACGGCCAGCAGGGACCAGCUGCUGUACCUGUAUGCACGAUACAAACAGGCCAAAGUUGGAAAGUGCAAUACCCCAAAACCUGGCUUCUUUGACUUUGAAGGACAGAGAAAAUGGCAAGCUUGGAAGCAGCUUGGAGACAUGGAAGUGGAUCAGGCAAUGCAGGAGUACAUUUCCUGUGUUAAUGUGUUAGACCCUGAAGGCUGCACAAAGGAGCGACGAGGAGCAGAAAGAAAAGCGGGCUUCGGAGCAGCAGUUAGCUCUCUAUACCAGGAGGAGAUGAUCAGGGAAGAGGAUAAGAACAUCUUCGACUACUGCAGAGAAAAUAACAUCGACCACAUCAGCAAGGCCAUCGUCUCCCAGAAAGCGGACGUCAAUACUAAAGACGAAGAGGGUCGAGCGCUGCUGCACUGGGCCUGUGACCGAGGGCACAAGGAGCUGGUUUCUGUAUUGUUGCAGCACAAAGCAGACAUCAACAAUCAGGAUAAUGAAGGACAGACAGCACUACAUUACGCAUCGGCGUGUGAGUUUGCCGACAUCGUGGAGCUGCUGCUGAACGCCGGAGCCGACCCCUCCAUCAAAGACGUGGAGGGCUCGCUCCCCGAGGAGGUCACUGAGUCCGGAGCCAUCUCCUCUCUCCUGCGUCAGCACACGGCUCCGAAAGGCUAGAAGGCCCCUCUUUCGGCGCUCUUCAUCCCUGCUCCACUCAUUUGCUCUUCAUCAGCCCUCCUUAAUCCCUAAAGAGACUCUGUUCAUCCCAGCAGUUAGUAAACCAGGAUUGCUGAGAGAGUUUUAUUUUACUUUGUUUUCAAAUACUUGGGUGAGUUUGAUUGUUUUUUCUUUUUUUCUUGGCUUAGCUCUUUGAAACUAUGAGGUGUAAACAUUAGCCCUUCUAUUUGAUAAGACACACAAAAUGAAAAACACCAUUUUUAUUUAAAUACUGUAUAUUGACUUUAUACGUGAUAUGACGGUUACUGCAAUCACUGGUGGCGGUUUUGCUAUACUGAGGUAGUUACCUUAAAUAUCUCUUGCUAUAUUUGACUGAUGCAGGCAAUGUUGUAAUUCAAUGAGCAUGACUGCUUAUUGGCAAUAUUGGAAUUGAUUGUGCAUCAAUGUGAUAAAAUAUCUGUAUUUUUCAGCUAUUUAUUCACAAGAUAAACCAAAAAAAGACAUUCCCAUCCACUUAUUCAAUCUGUAAACUGUAUGAAAUUCCAAAUUAUUCAUGGUCAAACUAAAUAUUUUUCACAUAUCACACAGGCCUACUGCACAGGUCUGCCAAUCAUUUUAGUAAGGGUCAGCCCUCUCCGACCAUCUGUUCAUGGUUCAGUUGUUAUGGUCAAGGAAUGCUUUAAUCAUUUGUCACAUUAAAGUCUUCAAUAAAAACUU